CCCUCGCCAGACGCCGGAAGAAUAACACGUAGAACGAUGCUCGCUGCCAGGAGACUGUUCUCGGCCCGGGGACUGGCUGCCUUUGGAGUCAGAAGUCAGCAGAAGCACACCCUGCCAGACUUGCCCUACGAUUACAAUGCCUUGGAACCCGUCAUCUGUGCCGAGAUCAUGCAACUCCAUCACUCAAAGCAUCACCAGACUUAUGUCAACAACUUGAAUGUAGCUGAGGAAAAAUUAGCUGAAGCCCAAGCUAAAGGUGAUGUGAACACAGUUAUCAGCUUGGCCCCAGCACUCAAGUUUAAUGGAGGUGGUCACAUCAAUCACACCAUCUUUUGGCAGAACCUCUCCCCAGAUGGUGGAGAACCUGAGG